AUGCGGUGCUCCUGGACGUCCGUGGUGCUGCUGGCCCUGGCCUCCAUAGCCAUCCAGUUCACGGCCCUCCGGACCUUCUCCUCGGGGCCCUUCAGCCUGCUCUGCUCCGUGGGCCUGGCCCCCGCCCGCUGUUUGCCAAACUGCAGCCUUAAGGACGGGCCCCCGGGGGGUCAGGGGUGCACAGACCUCCUCCCCCACGGCCCCUCCCCCGUCUCCCUCUCGCCCCCAGCCCUGGACACCAACAGGAGGACCAACAUCCUCAUCCUGGCCACCACCAGGAGCGGGUCCUCGUUCGUUUUCUACCUGUUCGAGCCCCUGUACCACGUGCAGCUGGCCCUGCUGCCCCGCCUAGCCCAGAGCCGGAACCUAGCCCAGCGGAGGGUGAUGCUGGGGGCCGCCAGGGACGUGCUGAGGUCCCUGUUCCACUGCCAGCUCCACAGCCUGGAGAGCUACAUCCAGCCCCGACCCGCCAGCCACCUCACCGACAAGCUGUUCAGGCGGGGGGCCAGCCAGGCCCUGUGCUCGGCCCCGGUGUGUGCGGCGGCCCUAGGCCCGCGGGAGCGCGGCCUGGUGCUAGGCGACGAGGGCGAGUGCGUGCGGCGCUGCGGAGCGCUAAACGUGUCGCUGGCGGCCGAGGCCUGCAGAGCAAAACGCCACGCCGCCAUCAAAACCACGUUCCGGGACACGUACAGACUCUGGCGGCUGUGGAGAGCCACCGGGCGUCGGCCCCACAACCUGGACCUGAGGCAGAUCAGCACCGUGUGCGACGACUUCCUAGAGUCCGUGUCCACAGGCCUGGCCGGGCCCCCCUGGCUCAAAGGGAGGUACAUGCUACUCAGGCCAGGCCCUGUGCUCGGCCCCGGUCUGUGCGGCGGCCCUAGGCCCGCGGGAGCGCGGCCUGGCGACGAGGGCGAGUGCGUGCGGCGCUGCGGAGCGCUAAACGUGUCUCUGGCGGCCGAGGCCUGCAGAGCAAAACGCCACGCCGCCAUCAAGACCGUCCGCAUCCCCCAAAUCAGCGACCUCAGGGCGCUCAUCGAGGACCCCCGGCUCAACCUCAAGGUGGUUCAGCUUGUUCGAGAUCCUCGGGGAAUCCUCGCCUCUCGCAUUGAGACGUUCCGGGAUACGUACCGACUUUGGCGGCUGUGGAGAGCCACCGGGCGUCGGCCCCACAACCUGGACCUGAGGCAGAUCAGCACCGUGUGCGAGGACUUCCUGGAGUCCGUGUCCACAGGCCUGGCCGGGCCCCCCUGGCUCAAAGGGAGGUACAUGUUACUCAGGUAUGAAGAUUUGGCCAAGUACCCCCUUCAGAAGACCAAGGACCUGUACCGGUUCCUGGGCCUGGCGUUCGACCGCAGCGUGGUGGGCUGGAUCCUGAACAACACGCGGGGCAGCAGCGACUCGGCCUCGCGGCAGAAGUUCACAACCGUCCGCGACUCCGCCGCCAACGCGGAGAACUGGAGGCUGAAGCUGUCCUUCGACAUGGUGCUCCACACCCAGGCCGCCUGCCAGCCGCUGCUGGGCCUCCUGGGUUGGUGGUUUUUACGUCCUGCUCCAGUAGAAUCAGAGUGUGAUGUCAAUAAACCAGUUGUGGACGUGCUCCCUUGUGCUUUCCUCUGA